AUGCCGGACCACAAACACAUCGUCCUGUUCCUCACUAACAGUGAGUUAGGGCAAGCUUCGGUGCAUCUGGCAGUGGCACACGAAUUAGCGAGUCAGUCAGCUUGUGAAGUGCACAUUGCCUCGUUCCCUGCGCUCAAGCAGCAGGUUGACGCCCUCAAUGCGUCUAUCGUUUUCCAUACCCUCCUCGGACGGUCAAUGAAAGAGGCUUUAGCCGACAGCGGCCUUCCCUAUCUCCCUACGCAUGCACCAGGAGCUCGUGGGGCAGUUGAGUCUUAUUGCAAGGGUCUGCAGUAUGUGGUCGCACCGUGGGACCCGGCAGGCUAUGAGCCCAUCUAUCGAGCCUGCUUGGAUCUCCUUGACAAGCUCAACCCGGAUUUGAUAGCCGUAGACCCUUUGUUCGGCCCUGGUGAGGAUGCCUGUAAUGUCCAAAGGCGACGUUAUCUGGUCUUGAGCCCGGCGACCUUCAAGGACCAUCUGGUCCAGGAUCAACCGUAUCAGGGUGUCCUGUGGAAGUAUCCAGUGAUAUCCUCAGGGCUGCCCUAUCCUUUACCACUACUCCUCAUCGCCAUCAACAUCUAUCUGAUCUUUAAACUGGUCUUCCACACCUUUUUAUCCGCGAGAGUGCGAGCCUUAACCCAGUGGCGCAACCAAAUUGGUAUCCCAGGUGACCUGACCACGAUAUACGCCAAUUUUAACAAAAAGGUGGCAUGGUUGAUGCCAUCCAUUCCGCAAAGCGACUUUCCCAUCAAGGUCCCUGCCAACGUCACUGGCUGUGGGCCCAUAAUUCCACCAUUUGAGUCGGCCGCUCGCGAUCAAUCAACCGCAUCCUGGCUGGCCCAGCGUCCAACAAUUCUUUUUAACCUUGGCUCGCACAUGAAAUACAAGGUCGAUGAUGCGCAGCAAGUAAUAACCGCCCUGUCCAUGGUGCUAGGCAGGUUUCCCGAUGCGCAGGUCCUGUGGAAGUGCCAGUUAUCGGAGGAUGAGACAAAUGAUAUUAAGGGGUCAUCAAAGCCUUCCGGUAUCGAGCACUUGAUUCCGGCGGCAAUGCGCGAUCGCAUCCGAGUCACCUCUUGGAUCACACCGUCGCCGAUGUCCAUCCUCGCCCAUGACAAUGCCAUCAUGUACGUCCACCACGGUGGUUCCAAUUCUUUUCAUGAGGCUCUAGCUGCCGGCGUACCGCAGGUGGUAUGUCCGGUCUGGCUGGACACGUACGACUUUGCUGCCAGGGUUGAGUACCUGGGUGUUGGCGUGAGGGGGAACAAAAAGGCGGCGCCACAUCUCGAGGGCGAGGAGCUAGGCACUGCCAUCUGUGAAGCAAUGAAUGGUAUUAGGAGAGGGGUAAUGAGCAUGAAGGCGAAGGAGCUACAAGGGCAUAUUCUCGCCCAAGAAGAGAGCUCGCAGGCACAGGACGUGUACGGGGUCGGCCGUCGCAGGGCUGCGAAGGCCAUGCUGGAAAUAAUACAGACAAUAAAUGUAGAAUAA